UAGGCUGUAGGUUGUGAUCCAAUUUGUGUGAUUUCAGAGCGUGGCUUCUUCGUCAGCAGAGGUUCGGAGCAGAGAUUUCUCUGACGCAAGGGAUAUCCCGCCGGAGAAGGUUAAUGAAGAGGACGAUUGCAAGAUGACUUUCACCGGUGAUGAGAAUGGUACGUCCAGUCCCAUAAAUCCUCUAGAUGAUGGGUAUGAGUCAGAAGGGUAUCGCUCAUAUCCCCCAAAAAGAUGGACAGAGUUGUUUGGGCGAAGUACCUCAAACAGGUCGAGGAGAGUGAGGGAUUUGAGAUCAAAGAUUUUCCAGGAGAAUGCAUGAUGAUUACAGUUUUCCCGAUGCCAUUCUUCUUAGACAAACCUGAGAAUGUCGUCCUAUUGAAGGAUUAUGCAGGAAGGGCACUAAAGAUAUACAAUGAGAAAUAUGGCACCGAGUGGGAGGUUGACAAUAUUUUGAAGGUGAAUGGAGGUGGCUGUCGUAACUUCAUUUUCUAUGUUACCUUUUCAGUCAAGACAUCCAAGGGCGGCAAGGACAUUUUUCAAGCGAUGAUUGAGGAAGAUGGCAAGGUUGAGCAAGGUUUAGAGUAUAAUUUGGAAUUCCCUAUCAUCAGGCCUCAGCCAAAGAAAUAUUCCUGCUUGUAUGCAGUGGUCUGAUCGAACAUCCUUUUGGUACUGAGCUUUCAGCUUUAGCCUUUAUUGUUAACAACAUUUGGGGAGGAUCAUUGAACAUGGUUAUUUGCUCCAUGGCUGUAUGCUGUUUAAGUUCUCUUGUACUUGUUUUGUUGAACACUUUAAAGUAGCAGUAAACCAUAGUAUCUGAUCGGUUCAUUUAAGACGGAGGAAUUUCUUCCUUUUUACUCGUAUGCUCUUUUCCUUUUCAUUUUUAAGGGGAAAAAUCAGUAUUUCCUCAAUGAGAAAGCUUAAAGGAUUUUUUACA